GCAUCGUAUGAGAGAGAGGGAGAGCGCGCAGCGAAAAAAAUACUUCUUUUGCCGGAGGAAGAAGGGAAAGAAGUGUAAAGAAAGAAAGACAGGAAAUAAAAUUACCAUUACCCUACCCACUCAUUUUCGUCGUCUCCUCCUCCCGUGCAAUCGAACCCUCCUCCGCUCGGCCAUCCUUCGCCGUACCUCUCCGCUCGCUGCCCGAUCCUCUCCGUUCGCUGCCCGAUCCUCUCCUCUCUUCUCCGUUUUUCCCCCCGAUCUCUCGCCGCCAAGUCGCUCGCAGCUCGCACCCGAAUCUCGGCGCCCGAUCCCUCGUUGCUCGCACAAGAAUAUGGCCACAUACCCAAAAUCUAGAUAUCCCAUCUGCUAGUCUUUUCGGUCUUCUCGUUUCUCCAGUCCCCGUCCCCGUCGCCGUACCUGUCCCCGUCCCGUCGGAGCGAUCCAAGAGGGAAGCUCGAGGGAGGAGUGCAAGGAAAAACCUAUUGGUUGCAGGUGGAUACAAACAGCAGGAUAUCCGACAAGUGAAAAAAAACAUUAAUGCUUUGCCCUCUUAACAUAUUUGGACAUUUAAAUGUGUAAUAGAUCAAGAACCGAGGCAUGAAUAUUGUGAAGGGCGUUGCUGACCUCAUUCGGAGGUCUUCUGGCAACCCAACUUCUGAAGGUGGAUCCACAGUUCACGGUGACAAGUAUGGUGCUCCUUAUCCAAGGAUUUGUUUUGGGGAUGCUGGUGAGGAAGCACUUUUGAAUACACUUUGGCAGAAAUAUACUAAUGAGCUUGAUAAGGUUGAGAAAAAGAAAUUAUUGCAAGCUUUUCUCUUGCAAUUCAUACAAACAUAUGAAAAUUGGGACCCUGUGCAUAGUGGUCAAACAUCAGCGGAGUUGGUAACGGAACCAGAAGAUAUAAUCAUAGGUUGCUCUGCUGGUCAUCCAUCUGAGGUUGUUCUGAUAUUAAUCCAAGAGAUUGUCUGCAUAACAUCUCUUUUGGCAGAAUCAAAAAAUAGUGCUGGUGGGCAAGGUAAUGAUGAUCCUUCAGAACCAUUAGGAAGCUCUGAUUUUACAGCUGAUGCUUUAUGUGCCUUGAAUUGUCUCACAAUUCUAACACGCUCGACACACAAUUGCAAUGUAUUUAGCUAUUAUGGAGGGGUGCAAAAGAUCACUGCUCUUUUCAAAGCUGCAGUUGUGAAGUUGAAAACUUUGACAAGUUCUCUUCCUGUAGAUGAACACUUGCCAAAUACUCUUCUGGAGAGGAUAAGUUUCUUGCAAAAGAUACUAGUACGUGUUGUUUCGAUUAUUUUUAGUUUCAUGGAGUUGCAUGCUCAGAGAACUGGGAACAUACAGACUGAUAUAAUCAGGAAACAUCCACGAGAAUUUUCUUCUAGUGGUUCAAAGAAAUUGUUCUGUGAGACGAGAAUUAUUUGGCAGCAAAAGGCAAUUGUCAUGGUGAUUGAAGCAGGUGGUGUUAAUUGGUUAGUAGGUAAGAGCUUUUACGGGUUAUUAGAAGGUUGAAUUUGAAACAACAGUGGACUGACUUGUCCCUUAAUUAUUUGACUCUGGGAACUCUAAAGUCAGCACUCUGUGAAAAUCCACGGGCCCAAAAUCAUUUUAGGAGCAUUGGAGGACUUGAUGUUUUGUUGGACGGGCUUGGACUUCCA